UGACGUCUAUGUAUUGGUUCACAUAGCUGACCUACAGACUGGUGUACAACCAGAACCUUUACUUAAAGAUAUGUGCAUGGAGUCCGUUAAGGAAGGAUGGUUGAUUUUCAUGUUUUUCUUGCUCGUUGUUGCUGAUGCUAUUAUAGUUGCUGUUUGGUUUGUCACAGAUCCGUUGCAUCCAAGAAGAAUCGAAUUGAAUUCAACCCUUGACGAUUAUACUUCGAUAAGAACAAUAACGAUGAUGAUUGGAUGUGAAUCUACAUACAAGAACUACUUUCUAAUUGCCAUACUAUGUUACAAAGGCAUUGUGUUAUUGCUCGGUGGAUUAAUAGUUUGGCCAGCACUGUUUGUGUCAAUGAAGAAAGGGUUCUCUCACUUUUCCGGUUUUGCUGUAGCUGUCUUCGUGAGUUUGUUGUCCAGCAUUGUAUUAGUUGUUAUCUCGUUCUUGAUCCCGACUGAACCAAAUGCUUUGUUCAUCAUAACUGGAUGUCUGAUUUUAUUCACAACGAUUCUGACUACUCUCCUGAUUUUCAUCUCAAAGGCCAUUAUUAUAGCAAAGGGAGGAGAUCCACUUUCCAUGAAGUUAUUUUCCCCAAUCGGCGCAGCGUUUGGUUUCUUGGAGACAGUCGCUGGUGAAGGCCAAAUGGCCAGGUUUGGGUGCCGAUAAGUCGCUCAAAAUGCCAGGAGUUGCUCUUGCCGCCGGAAAGAUUGACAGAAGUGAAAAGUCUGUUUUGUAUAAUUCCUACCAUCACCAUGGAAAGACAAGUCGUGUUAAUGUCAAUGUUUUGGACGGCAUCGAUGACUACUAUGAUUCAAAGAAAGUAGGGGAUCGUUAGAUAAGAUUUCAAACAGGUUUGAAAGGCUUGAUGGCCAUUAUGCAAACUUGUCGCAAGUUCAUGUUUAAAGUAAGAAAAACGAAACCUUACAAAAAAUACGAAACCUUGAGUUCAGUUUGUUGUGACAGGCUUAGACAGAACAGCAUGAUUGUUUCCUUUUGUAAAGUAUUUAUAUCAGCAAUUAACAUAAUGAUCCA